AUGCAGCUCAAGUCUUUCCUGCUGGCGCUGGCUCUGGGCGCCGCCUCCGCCCAAGCCUGGACUAUCCACGGCUACACCGAGAAGGACUGCAAGGGUACCGCCGACACAGCUGGGUCGGGCUCUGGGAAGGAGGCCUGCGGCACCAUGAAAAGUAGCACCUACAAGUCCCUCAAGGCCAGCCCCGGUGACUACGUCCUGACGGCCUACUCGGGCUCUUCUUGUUCGGAGUCUAGCGGUGCCUACACGCCGAGUGAAGGCUAUGCCCUGCAGCCUGCAAGAUGUGUCAACGGUGACUUUGACACCUACGAGGCCCAGUUCAUCGCCAUCGGCAAGCGGGACAACGAAACCGCCAUCGACGAGGAGCUCGUGGCCGCCUACUACGCCGAGUUCCCCGAGGAGCUGGACGAGCUCAAAUAA